AUGACCAACGACGAUGCCCAGCUCUCGGCCGUGUUCCGAGUCCUCAAUAUCCCUGAACUGCUUCAACUUAUUCUGCUCGAGGUAGCCAAUACUGAAGCCUAUGCAUGCGGAGUCACAUCACUGUUCGCCCUACAACGUGUCAGCCGAUCGUUUCAGGAAGCCAUCUUAAGCUCAUCCAUCCUGCAAGGCUCGAAGCUCUGUCUGCGUAGAACGAAUGCUGCCACUGGGCGGAUUCGAGAAUAUGACCCCUUGGAUUGGUUGCUUGCGCAAACAGGCACUUGGCGCACGACCUGGUCAUCGGACUGGAUGUCUGUGAACGCGACACGGAAGAUCACCCUAUUGCUCAACAGCGGCGCAGAAACUCCGGAGUGGAUGAGCAACAACGAUCUGGCUUCUUGGCGUCAGGUCCCCAGUCAGGCUCUCAAGUCACGCGCUCUACAUAUUCGAACCUAUCGCUACGUGCUGGGAGAAGUUCGACAUCUUGGCGAUUGUAUAUACGAAAACAAUGUUCCCGUCGGUGUUGUUCACGACAAGCUGAACGACCUUGCUUCACUCGAAGGCAGCACCAGCUUGGAUGGGUGUGCUAUUCGAGAGUCCUCUGUCUACAAAGCAUGGUGAUGAUCAGCCAUGGAUCACUCCAUGAAUGAGUC